CGGUGGCGUCACCCCACGGAAGGAGAGCCGCAAGGGCAGAGGGGAGGGAGGGGGCGCUGCGCUGCGUCAUGGGAGCGCGGGACGCUCGCUUCCAUAUAUGGAGUGUUUAUGUAUGCAAAUGAGCAGCGGGUGGGCGGGGUCUGUGACGUCACGUGGCGCCAGGCGAACGCGGCGCAGUGAGGGACACCUCCUCCCUCCUUUUCCCGCCAUUUCCGCGCGCUCUGGAGCUCCGUGACCGGUGUCUCAGAGACCGCGGAGGCGCCGGUUCGCGCCCCGCCUGCCCCGGGGCGGUGCAGGCGGCAAACGCCACCGGCUGUGCCCAAGGGUCCGGUGCGAACAACCUCCAUCGGGCCUUGAACGCGAGCGCGCUGCGUCACGGGAAGGCUCCACCCGCCUGAGCGCGGCCCCGCGCUGACGUUACAGCGUUACAGGCGGCUCGGUCCUGGCCCUGCCCCGCCGUGGUUCUUCUACGGGAGCCGCCGGAGGACAAGCGACGGAAGGUGUCGCUGUGUGAGCGCGUCACUUCCCUGUGGCGGCGGCGGGGAGCAGCAUGCCGAAGUUUUACUGUGAUUACUGUGACACGUACCUCACCCACGACUCGCCCUCUGUGAGAAAAACCCACUGCAGUGGCCGAAAACACAAAGAGAAUGUGAAAGACUAUUAUCAAAAAUGGAUGGAGGAGCAAGCUCAGAGCCUGAUUGACAAAACAAUAGCGGCUGCAUUCCAGCAAGGGAAAAUCCCACCUACACCGUUCUCGGCACCACCUCCCGCAGGAGCCAUGAUACCACCUCCUCCCAGCAUCCCUGGCCCCCCGAGGCCUGGCAUGAUGCCAGCCCCUCAUAUGGGUGGACCACCAAUGAUGCCAAUGAUGGGCCCACCCCCACCAGGAAUGAUGCCCGUUGGACCUGCUCCAGGGAUGAGGCCACCGAUGGGUGGACACAUGCCAAUGAUGCCAGGGCCCCCAAUGAUGAGACCACCCUCCAGACCCAUGAUGGUGCCAACCAGGCCAGGAAUGACCCGUCCAGACAGAUAAAGGGGGAAAUGGAGUUGCCUUUUCGUUUUCAUAUUGUGAUCUUCUGUAUGAUAAAAUACCACAGGCCUCUGUCUCUAACGUUUUGUAAUAAAAUAGUGUGUAUGAGAUGUGCUGUUGCCGCAGCUUGCAGGCGAUUUGGCCUAGAUCCUGCUGCACACUGGAUGGAUGCUUUUUGGUUCUCUCUCCCCCUUUUGAAUUGUAGAACACAACAAUAAAACAUUGAUGCUGGUUUACAUGUAGAGAAUGUGAA